GACAGCAGAAAUAUCAUGGAAUUAUAGGUGCAGAAGGCUGGUCACAGGUGAAGAAUGGGCAUUACCCUUUGUAUGCUUAUAUAAUAUAUAUUUACAUAAGUACACAUUAAAUAUUUUUCUACAUCGAAUCCUACACAAAAAUAGAAUUUGUUAUCCAUAAAGUUGCAUUUCUAUACACAUUAUGAAACAAGCACAUACACAGUCAAUACUACACUACAUUGUGAAAUAGGAAAACCAUAGAGUACAAAGCAUCUUACAAAAAAAGGUUUAAUUCGUUUGUAACUCCAGCAUCAUAGAACCCAGCACUAAGACCAUCGAGUGCAAUACUAUAUAAUAAAACACAGAGGACUGCAGCGCAAGAUGACUGACUAGAGCAAACCAAAUAGAGCAGUCCUCUAAGGGUUAAUUAACAGCGUGCCCUCAAGGAAUCAGGACGACCAGGAAUUGUUUACUGCAAGAGUUUUCAUGCAAACUGUAGUGUUUCGCUUGGAAUCUAAUUGUGCCUGAUGGACCCAUUACAUUGUAAUCAGAGCGGCUCCCUGGCUUGAUCUCAAGGGGUUAAUUAAAGGAAUGAGGUAAAAUCCCAAAUCUAACAAACAGGCAAGAGGACCACCUGAAUUUUUCACCAGCCCUAUAGGGAAACUAUUGUUACUAUGAACAAUCAGGUUGCUUGGCACCAGUGGUGUCUUUUACCUCAGUCUUGAGUUUAUUAGGUUACUAUACCAAGACAUGCAGGAUGAUCCAUCACGUCUCCUCAUCAAUGAGUUGGCCUUGCACACACACACACACAGGACCUCAUAAGGAGCUGGAAACCUAAACUGCUCUUAGCUGUUUUCAUGAAAGGCUGCUAUCUGUGCAAGGUUAAAUGAACAGCAAAGGAAAUGUCUGUGUCUUCCUCUUCAGAUAGAUGUAAGGCUUCCAGAAUCAGACAGGCAGUCACUAACUGCUAUGCACGCUGCAACAUGAGCACACUAAGCCCAACCAGGAAGCAAUCAAUGACUGGUCCGUGACCAGAAAGUUGUACUUCAUGGGAGGAGUCAUGCUUCACGCGGCCGCUUCUUGUUGGCAUCUAUUCCUUUGUUUGGCCAUGGUGUUGGUCUAUGUGGGAUGUACAAUUGGGUGUCCAGCACGAUGUGAGUGCUCGGCACCAAAUAAAUCUGUAAGCUGCCAUCGUAGACGUAUCACCUCCAUCCCAGAGGGUAUUCCUAUUGAGACUAAAAUAUUGGAUCUAAGCAAAAACAAACUGAAAAGUGUAAAUUUUGAAGAAUUUUUAUCCUACCCUCUGUUGGAGGAAAUAGACCUUAGUGACAACAUCAUUUCAAAUGUGGAGCCUGGAGCUUUUAAUAAUCUUUUCAACUUGCGUUCAUUACGCUUAAAGGGAAACCGGUUAAAACUUCUACCUUUAGGAGUGUUUACAGGUUUGUCAAAUUUAACAAAGCUUGACAUAAGUGAAAAUAAAAUAGUUAUUUUACUAGACUACAUGUUCCAGGACCUUCAUAAUUUAAAGUCCCUUGAAGUUGGAGAUAAUGAAUUAGUUUAUAUAUCCCACAGGGCCUUUAGUGGACUGCUUAGCUUGGAGCAGCUAACUUUGGAAAAAUGUAACCUAACUGCUGUACCGACUGAUGCUCUUUCCCACCUUCACAAUCUCUACAGUCUACAUUUGAAAUAUCUCAACAUCAACUCAUUGCCUGCAGUUGCCUUCAAGAGAUUAUUUCGCCUAAAAAUUUUGGAGAUCAGCUACUGGCCUCAACUGGACAUGGUGCCUCCCAAUAGCUUCUAUGGUUUGAAUCUCACAUUUCUCUCAAUUACAAAUACCAAUCUGUCUACAAUUCCAUAUCAUGCUUUAAAACACAUGAUUUUCCUUACUCACUUAAACCUCUCUUAUAAUCCCAUAAGCACCAUUGAGACAGGUAUGUUAGCAUCCUUGAUACGUCUUCAAGAACUGCACUUGGCAGGAGCUCAGCUACAUACAAUCGAGCCACAUGCUUUCCAAGGGCUUCGGUACCUGCGUGUUCUUAAUGUGUCUCAAAAUCUUUUGGAGACACUGGAAGAGAAUGUUUUUCAUUCCACAAAAGCUCUGGAAAUUCUUUGUAUUGACAACAAUCCUCUUAUCUGUGAUUGUCGACUUGUAUGGAUGCUACAGAGACAUCCCUUGUUGCACUUUGGAGGCCAACAACCAAUGUGUGCUAGCCCAGACAAUGUAAAAGAAAGAUCAUUUAAGGAAUUCCACACAACUGUAUUAUCUUUUUACUUUACCUGUAAAAGGCCUAAAAUUCGUGACCGGGAAAUGCAGCAACUACAUGUGGACGAGGGCCAGAGGGUACAGAUGAACUGCAAUGCAGAUGGAGAUCCUCUACCUAUGAUUGCAUGGGUAACCCCUCGGAGAAGACUGGUUUCUGCAAAAUCCAAUGGAAGAGCUACAGUGCUGGGUAAUGGCACACUUGAAAUUCGGGAUGCACAAGUCCAAGAUACUGGAACCUAUGUUUGUAUUGCUAGCAAUGCUGCUGGGAAUGAUACAUUUUCUGCUUCGCUUACUGUGAAAGGAUUUGUUUCUGAUCGUUCCUAUACAAACAUGACUCCUAUGUUUAUAACAGAAUUAAAUGAAACCAACACAAAUGGAACCAAUGCAAAUAUGACCUUCUCCCUUGAUCUUAAGACUAUAUUGGUAUCUACUGCAAUGGGCUGUUUCACAUUCCUAGGGGUGGUUUUGUUUUGUUUCCUACUCCUUUUUGUAUGGAGCCGAGGGAAAGGGAAACAUAAAAACAGCAUUGACCUGGAAUACGUACCACGUAAAAACAAUGGGGCUGUAGUUGAAGCAGAUGUUGCAGGAGCUGCACCCAGGAGAUUUAAUAUGAAAAUGAUUUAGCAGUUUGCUGAGGGCAGAGCUUUUGUUUUUUUCCUGUGGUUAUGUUUCUAUCCACUAAGGCGGUCUAGCAUUUUGGUCUGCUAGGUCGAGGCAGCUGUAUGCAGCUGUCACUGUGUCAAAUCAGAUUUGUGAUACUGGAAAGACUGCCCAGCUGUUCAGCAGAGACCUGUAACCUGAGGGCAGGAACAUGAGGGCAUUCCAUGGAGUUGUUCUACUAAUUGUUUGCAUUGCAAAUAUCGGCAUUCUGGGGAUCUCAGUAACAAACUGUUGGCUCAUUCUCAUGGACAAUUAUUCAACAUUUUUUACCACUACAGAAAAAAACUAAACAAAAAAACAAAACAAAAAAAAAACAAGACAAACAAACCUACAGUGUAGGGUUGACAUAAAAAUAUGACACAUGUCCAAAACAUUAUACAGUGUAAUUUGUAGCUAUAAAUAUCAUUUGUUUAAUCUGAGCUUCAUCCUUUCUUGUUGAUUUCACACUACAAAUCGGAGUAGCUUAUUUUAUUCAUAUGUUUUUGUGCCCACCCUUAAGCAAUACAAAUGAGAGAUUGUGCUUUUUCUCCACUGUUAAUGAAUUUAAUGUGGCCAUACAUCUCUAUUUAAAGAUCACAUGCCACGCAGCUCUAAAGUACAGGGACAUAUUAUGAGCUAUAACACUAAAUGCAAAAUAUUUUGUUCUGUCAAUGAUAUAUAAAUUCCUCUAGUUUGGUUAAUAUUUUAUGAGAUGUUUCUCUAUCCACAAUCAAAGCACUUUCCUGUAGGACAGUGAUAAAUUACAUCAUUUAAGAUCCUAUAAAAUAUUAACCAAUUCAAUCUUAAACAGUUUGAGGUCAACAAAAGUCAUUGUUUUAAUAUCCGUGGUUUGUUAUUGAAAUAUAUGUCAAACAAAAUCUAUGUUUUAACACCAUUUCAACAAAACUAUCUGAACAUGCCAAACAGGUAAUUAAAUCCUUUGCAACAGAACACAUUUUUUUCCCCUAUCAUAAACAGGGAAACAAUAUUUUCAGGUUAAUAGAUACUUGGUUGUAUUAACUUGUGUUCAUAUUUAUAAAGACAUGCACCUGAUAUUUGAUACAGAGCUGAGUUAUUUUUUUAUAAACAAUAUCACAAUGGACCAGUUUACUGUAACAGAAAUAUACGGGCUUUACCCAGAGGAAUAGAAGUUAAUAAGCUGUAGCGAUCAGUAGACACGUUUUACUAUGUGGGAGGCAAAAGCAUAGGCCAGAAUAAUACUGUUACUUAUUACGACAUGCAGUAAAUGUUGUUAGGAAUUUAGUGUUGAGAAGAUUAUAUCUAUGAAUCUUUCCGAGAGAAACCAUAUCUUGCAAUAUUAGGGGGAAAAAAUCAACAGCAGAAUCUCUACUUACAUCCCACAAGAAAUGUGUGCAGAAAGCCAUUGAAAUAUCAGUGUUUUAUUUCAGUAUAUGUGUUUUAUUUUAUUAAGAGUAGAGUUAAAUUUUAAAACCUUGCUAACCCCACGUGCAAUAGACAAAAAUCCUCUACAGUGCUUUAUUUGAAAGCUUUUAUCUUUUUAUGAAAUUAUUUCAUGUUUAUUUGUUUUUGCCAUGAAACAUAUUUUAGCAGAGAGUGGGAUGUUUUACACUUAGGGAUAAAUAAUGUUAUAGUAUAAUAUCACAUUGAGUACUUUUUUUUAUAUCUCAUAAGAACAUUGCGAAUCUUUUUUAAAAAAAAAAUCAAUCUUUAGAAAUGGGAUAGUUAUCAACAUAUUGACAAGCAAAUUUAUUAUUACUUUUUGGUCCCUAAAGAGUAUAUAUAUAUAUAUAUAUAAUUAUAGAUUAUUUAUGAAAUAAAGGAGUAAUGAAUAACAAAUAAUUGGUUGCAUUGGCAGAAAAAAAUAAUAUUAGGUAAUCAUGAAAGGGCUCACAAUUAAAGAUGUUUUCAUAACUCAUUGUAGGACCAUAUCAAUCCAGAUUCAUGCUGUUCCAGUGCUGCACAGUUAAUUAUGCUAACAUACAAUGGUUCUGAUAGGAGUAGCUGUUUAUUAGUGUUCCAGCCAGUGCUAAAAACUCUAUGUUGUAUCCACUGUUUUGCUUUGAAUGCUCAUAUGAGAUCUUUUUUUUAAAGUUAUGAAUAAUUGAAGCAUUGAUGACAUUGAAAAGUGGUAAAUUGUUUAACAUCAAAGAAUAAAACUCAAACAUUCAACAUCA